AUGAUGGAUGAAAACUCGCAAAAGCCACUUGUGUCGUCUGACUCGUCUACACGAACUGAACUGACAUCUAGUCCUUUGGAAAUAAUUCCACCAAAUGGAAUAGAUGACGGACAUUUUUUGGACAAUUUACAACCACUUCAUAUCCGCACAUCGCCCAGUUCCGUACCGGUUAUUCCAGGUCCGCCAGAUAUUGUGAGUCGUGGUGCACGACCAUUGUAUCCGGCAUACACGAUGGAAGAUAGUUUAUCUGCUGAGGAGAUGGAAAUUCGUGCGUUGUGCGAGGAACGUUUGGAUAAUGUGAUUCGAAAAACCAGUACGACUGUGCCAACCUUUGUGAUAGACACCGAACCAUUCCCAGUAAUGCCACCAACCCCACCCAGAAUACCGCAACAAUCAGUGCUACAUCCUCGAUCCCCGGUAGCACCGCUGGUAUUGAUGCCUCCAUCACACGAAAGUCUUACAACAGAUCGUACGCGACGCCGCCUAAGCGGAAGUUUCAAGAAACCUGUUUGGUCUCCCGGUAUGGUUAGGCCAGCUACCAAUCUUGAUCUCGGUUCGUCCGAGGUUUAUGCCUGUGGGGGUUCAGGACCGUCAGGACCGUCAAACUCCAGUUCGGUGCUCCCGCAAAAACCGAGUCCCAUCGGAUCUGUGUACUCAAUAGAUCAAAGCUCACUGAAUCCCGUUCGCCUCAAUCCUAGCCUCGGUAGCAUAGGGUCGGAUGUGUUAUUGGGAACUACGGAUUCUCGGCUAGUCAAUCCCACAGUCCCACAGACAACGGAAGUGGUGAGGCUUGCGCCUGGGGAACAGGACGUUUGGUCCGUCGGUUCGGUCAAUGCACCGAAUGAGAAAAACUGGAUCGGACGGCCUUCAUUAUUACCGCAAUCGCAGAGUCGAACUGCCUUUGCCAUCGGUACUCCGGUUGUUGCACCUAUCGAUUUGACUAACGUGGCUUAUUACGGGCCCGUACCACGCAUUGUUGGGGUUGGUGGUGAUGGUGGUAUUGGCGGGGCGAACUCCGAAAGCUCCGUCCGAAUACCACUGUCAAGUGGAAGUUCCACAACUGAUGAUAGUGCGUCGUUGAACCCUGUUCUGUUCGGCGGGUUACGCAGUUCCGAUCAAUACGGACCACGGAUAGUCUCACCGAGUCCAAGAGUGGUUGAUCUGAGUGGGGAAGAACACUUGGUGUCAGAUCCCACGAGCCAGGAUCAUUUGCGUCGUGUGGGACCGAAACAGAAAUCCGUGCGAUGGGCUCGUCGACCAUCGGAAUCACCGAGCCCGGCAAUGUUGACGGUGAGUCGUUUAACGUAUUUAGUUGUUAUGUUCAUGAGUGUUUCACCUAUGUUCAUGAAUGGACUACCCACUCACUUAUCGCUCUGA